GGAAGAGGAGGGGCAGAGGAGGGGCUGUAGCCUGGUACUCACUCUGUACCGAACUCCUGAAGCUUUCGCUAUCUAUGGCUGCUUCGUUAUUGCAUUCGCGGAGCGCCGUGUGGCUCACACUUUAUAAAGCAAUGAGUAAGUCGAGGAGUGUUGCAGCCCUUGGUGUCCACACUACAGCACGACAUAUGCAAGCAAGCCAAGAAGACUUUGAUAAAGCACAGAAUGACUUAAAAACAUUAAAAAAAGACCCUGGCAAUGAGGUCAAACUGAAGUUGUAUGCUUUAUUCAAACAGGCAACGCAGGGAGCUUGCAAUGCUCCAAAGCCAGGUAUGUUAGACUUUGUAAACAAAGCAAAGUGGGAUGCAUGGAAUUCACUAGGAGACUUACCCAAGGAAAAAGCCAGGCAGUCUUACAUAGAACUUGUUUCUAGUUUGAUCUCCACUGAAUCGCCUACCAAACGAUCAACAUCAAGUGCUGACAAGAAAUAUGAGACAUUAGAGGUGUUUUCUCAAGAUAAUAUAACAAAGAUAUUCCUGAACAGACCAGAAAAGAAAAAUGCAAUUACCUUGCAGAUGUAUAAAGAAAUUGGUCUGGCCUUAGAUGAAGCUGCAAAAGAUGACUCUGUUAUUACAGUCUUGACUGGACAUGGUGAUUAUUAUUGCAGCGGAAAUGACUUGAAUAAUUUCACAAACAUUCCACCAGAAGGCAAGGAACAGAUGGCGAGUGACUCUGCAGUGAUUUUAGAAGCAUUUGUCAGUAAAUUCAUUGAUUUUCCAAAGCCUCUUAUUGCUGUUGUUAAUGGACCUGCAGUUGGAAUCUCAGUCACCAUAUUAGGACUGUUUGAUGUGGUCUAUGCCACAGAUAGGGCUACCUUCCACACACCUUUCAGCCAGUUAGGACAAAGUCCAGAGGGUUGUUCCUCAUACACAUUCCCUCGAAUUAUGGGUCUAAGCAAGGCUUCUGAAGUUCUCCUCUUCAACAAGCUUCUGACUGCACACGAAGCGUGCCAGCUUGGACUGGUCACUGAAGUCUUUCCAGACAGCACUUUCCAAAGGGAGGUUUGGGACAGACUGAAAGGUUAUGGCAGUCUACCAAAAAAUUCCUUGGUUUUUUCCAAGCAGUUAAUGCGUGCAACUGAGAAGGAAAAGCUGCAUGCUGUGAAUAUUGAAGAGUGUGAACGCCUCAAGGAGCGCUGGCUGUCAGACGAGUGCAUGAAUGCAAUUAUCAGUUUUUUCCAGAAGAGAGUCAAAUUGUGAUGAUUUGUUUCCCCAAUGGCUUACAUUUUGAAGUUCUACCUUUAAUGAAUUUGUAACAAAACUUGAACUUUGUUAACCUUUGCUAAUAUAAAUGUGUAAUUGAUAUUUUGUUAAAAUUGAUCUGUAUGGAAUAUCCAAUUUAAAGACCUGUCUGACAAACUUGGAUAUAUUUACCUUUUAAAGCCGUUGUUAGAUCAAUGCCAAGGGCAGUA